AUCGGCUAAAUUAAGAAGUGAAGAAGAAACCACGAAGAUGUCCCACCCUCUGAAUUACAAGCGUUAGGUAAAAUUUUGAUGAUCAAGGCAUAGGACUUGUCAGAAGUGGCAGCGGAUUUCAUUUAUUAUAGGACCAAGACUUAUUUCCAGAGGUUGGUGAACGUCUGCUGCUAAUGGACAUAACGCUUUGCCAUCUAUAAACGGGUGUUGGCCCUGUAAGAAGUGAUGGCAUAGAGAUGUGAAGGGCACCUAUCCGUGUCUGUUUCAUAUUUGGCCUCAGUGCUGUAGGGUUUGCGGCUCCCACCGCUGUUUUGAUCCUCCUGGCCUAGCGAAAGUGGCUCACCCAGAUCAUUGUGUCUGAGGUAUACUGCUGUCACGAUUUCUUCAGUAAGACCUAAAUAACACUUAAACACAUAAGAUGCCUUUAGGACUGGGGCGAAGAAAGAAGGCUUCUCCACUUGUAGAAAACGAAGAGGCGGAGCCAGUGCGGGCAGGCUUAAAUGUGCCAGGCUUGGACGGCAUGGAUGGGGUAGGGGGCGGACUUGGGGAGGCAACUGCACAGGAGGGUCUGCCUCCCCCGCCCACCAGCUUGCGUCCUCGUCUGAUCUUCCACACGCAGCUGGCACAUGGGAGCCCAACGGGGCGCAUCGAGGGGUUCAGCAAUGUCCGGGAACUCUACGCUAAGAUCGGCGAGGCCUUUGGAAUACCACCAGCUGAGGUGAUGUUCUGCACACUGAACACGCACAAGGUGGACAUGGACAAGCUGUUGGGUGGUCAGAUUGGACUGGAGGACUUCAUCUUUGCACACGUGAAAGGCCAGCGGAAAGAGGUGGAGGUGUUCAAGGGUGAGGAUGCCCUUGGCCUCACCAUCACAGACAAUGGAGCUGGCUACGCCUUCAUCAAGAGAAUAAGAGAAGGAAGCAUCAUUCAUCAGAUCCAAGUCAUCAACGUGGGAGACAUGAUCGUGUCAAUCAACGGGCACAUGCUCAUUGGCUGUCGACACUACGAAGUAGCCAAGAUGUUGAAGGAGCUGCCCAGGGGAAAGACCUUCGUCCUGAAGCUGGUGGAGCCCUUAAAGGCAUUUGACAUGAUCAGUCAGAGAUCAGGCGGGUCACGGUCCGGUGGGGUCCAGCUGGGCACUGGAAGGGGCACCCUGCGUCUUAGGUCAAAAGGUCCUGCCACCGUGGAGGAACUGCCAUCUGCGUUCGAGGAGAAGGCCAUUGAGAAGGUGGAUGACCUCCUGGAGAGUUAUAUGGGGAUCAGAGACAGCGAGCUUGCGGCCACUAUGGUCGAGCUGGGCAAGGACAAGAAGAACCCUGAUGAGUUUGCAGAGGCCCUGGACGAGACGCUGGGUGACUUUGCCUUCCCUGACGAGUUUGUUUUUGACGUCUGGGGCGCCAUUGGCGAUGCAAAGGUCGGCCGGGUGUAAAGAGUCAGGAGUCUGGAGCAAGAGGAAGCAGGGGGCUCUGUCUCACCCUGUGGCUGUGGUGAAUCUAUGAAGAUGCACUACUAGAAAUCACUCUAGUACCUUUAUGAAAUCUGUUUGUUUUUUGUUUUUUUGCUCUUAUGUUGUUCGUUUGCUUCAGCUGUCUACCCUGUCUACUCAGAACCUGUUCCACUGGGAGGUUUCACAUGGGGACUUCUCUCCACUAUAUGGGAGAAUUAUCUCUGACCUCUUGACACUACUUUCCCCAAGUGGGUUUUUAUUUUACUUUUUUUUUUUUUUUUACCAAGUGUCAUUCUGUGCAGAGUCCCAAAAUUGUGAUGGACAUGUAAUCCAGAUGAACAGUAGUGAACUAGUCAUUAACCACCAUUUUAAAAGUGUUGCUUUAGUUCUCCUGACUUUAAGAAAAAAAAGUAACAUGAAGUUAAAGUUAACUGAUAUUUAGCAGCUGUUUUUAUCCAAAGCGACGUGGACUCGCAAACAUGGAAAGAUAAGAGAUAAAAUAUGCCGCUGGGAGACUUUUGAUAAAUAAGAAAUUAAAUAUGGCGCUGGGAGACUUUUGUUGUUUUACAGGCCCUCUGACGGUGGCUUCUAUAAACUGUGACUCUUCCCUUUGCACUGUGUCACAAGGCGCUGUACCAGCUGGUUUGCACCUGCACUGCGGCCGCUCCCAUGCUUACUGCGCAGCACUGGACUGGAACCGUCACCACUGAGCCCGAUCAGAGCCGUGCUGGACAGGACGGGACUGGACUUUGCAGUGCUGUGCAGUGACCUUUGAGCACUGCAUUAGGUCAGUGCAGCCUAUGGACCACUUAGUGUGUGACCCACAGAGACCUAAACUAUAAACCGAUGAAGCAUGUGCUGACUAGGGUUCCUUUGAGUUUCUGUUUUUCUUUGAUUGUUUCUUUUUUUUUAAGUGAGUGCGAGAGAGUGAGAGCAAGAGAUAUAGAGAAAGAGAACUAUGAGGCCUUGGUGGACCAGUUGAUUUGGCAGCAUUUGUUAACUCCCCAGUUCAUUACAUGGAGAAGUUGCAUCACAGACAUUCGAGAUGGGGGCCCUGAUUUGAAAGACAAACAAGGUCUUCAGUGUCAAACACGUGUUGCAGAGGUAAUUGUCAUUGCUGGGCAAAUGGUCUGAUCAUAAAUCUACAUGAGUGUGUAAGAUCUAAAUAAAUUGUGUGAGUAACGCUGACACAUUAGCCAGUUAGUCUGAAGUCUUAACUUGUCUCACUCAUUUUUAUAUAUUUACAAUUACUAUUACGUAUUGUAUUGUUAUAUUUAUAUUCAUUUUUAAAUCUGGUCGUUUGUCAAGCAAUGGGAAUUAUAUUUGCUACAUAUGUUUUACACUUAAGACCAAAGACUUUAUCUGUCUUUCAAAUUAGGGGCCAUAGCGCUGAGCAGUACAAAUGACAAACAGGCUCUGACUAAUACUCCCGUGCUCCUCGUUACCUGUAAGGGGCGUAAGACAACCAUUCCAUAAUGCCAAACUGAAGGAAAACUCACUGUUUUAGGCAAUCAGUGUGACUACAGUAUUAUACCAAGAUAUAAAUAUUUUCAGUGUAUUUUCUUAGCAGAAGAAAGGUUUACAAUGUGUUACAAAGGUUUACAGUGGCCUCUUAAGAGAACAGUAUUGUGUCUUUAUGUUGACCUCCUGUCAUUAGAGGGUUCGUAGUGUUGAUGUGCUUGUCGGUCUUUUUUUCUUUUCUUUUUUUUUGGAGCGGGUCAUUGGACUCGAGUCCUGAUGUCCACUCCUUCUCCACUGCACCUUCUUCUGUAGGCCAAGCUGUGGCCAAAGCACUUCCAAUGAGCUCAACCAACAGCCUACACAGUAAGGGGGGGAUCACAUUAGCCAACGGCAAGCGGCAGGUUUCCUAUUGUUCUCUAUGGUUGGGCAGCGGAACGGUGGCAGCGCUAGCGUUGAACAAGCUGAGGGUUGAACUUGGUUCAACUUUCA